CACUAGGGACUGUGACAAUGGUGGAGAUGAGUGGGGGCAGGAGAUUCGUCUAACUGAGCAAGCCAUUCAGGCCAUCAACAAGCUGAACCCCAAGCCCAGAUUCUUUGUUGUGUGUGGGGACCUCAUCCAUGCCAUGCCAGCAAGCACUAGGGUGCUGACGUCAAGUCCAGAUUUGUCAGGACAACAGUGCAAAGACACGUCUCCUACUCAGCCAUCCUCAUUCCUCCUCUCCUCUUCCCAACCCUUCUGAUCAGAUGGCCUCCAAAUAGAGCGACUCACAAACUGCUGAUCCCAGAAGCUGCAGAGAACCACGCUGAGGGCUACUCCAGUUCUGAGUAACUGCAGCAUGUUUUGGGGAAGGGAUUUCUGUAAUUUCUUCUGUGGCUGGGGCUGAUCCUAAAGUUAGUAUGGAGAAAAUAUUCUUUGUUGUAUUUCUUUUAUUUCUGUGGUUCAAGACCUGGAAAAUAAUGUAUUCUACUCUGUGAUGUGAUAUAUGCUACAAAUAUCAGAAUUUAUUAGAGGAGAGAUUAAAAAAUUUUUAGAUAAGGAUAUUUCAUAUAUUUCCUUCAAAAGACAUCAUUCCCUUCUAUGUUGAAUGUGUAAUUUAAGGAGUGACUUUUUAGCAAUCUGCUACAUUUUAUUUGCAGAGUGUAUUCCAACUCUACAUUAUGACAAAGAGUUAAGAACUGGUACCUUGCCUGGCCAGUAUGGCACAGUGGUUGAGUGUCGACCCAUGCACCAAGAAGUCACUGGUUAGAUUCCUGGUAAGGACACAUUCCAGGAUUGCAGGCUUGAUCUCCAGUAGGGAGCGUUCAGGAGGUAGCUGAUUGAUAUUUCUAUCUCUCCCUCUCCCUUCCGCUCUCUCUAAAAAAUAAAUCAAUAAAAUAUUUUUUAAAUAGCACUGGUACCUUGUGUUCUCCUUCCAGUGCCAAGCCCUUGCCUUUGACCUUCCACUUUCUUUCUCUGAACCUAUAUUAACCUGCGUAUGAUGGCAUCACUAUUGUCACACAGCCUAAAGUGCGUCUGGAGUUUGCAGAUGGCUAUUCCCAACACAGCAAUAGUGGCUGCAUUAUAGACACUUCAGCCUAAGGAUUUCUCUGCCGACAACUCAGAUGUCCAUUACAGAAAGCCUGCCAGUCUUCCCCUGGCUUUGUGCAUGGGAGUUCCAUCCUCAAGCCCCGUUCUAACAAACACUGACAGGAACUUCAGGAUGCUUUCCUGUUUUGCUCUGCAAUGCCUUGUUGUGUGGGGAUGCCAGGCUUUUUCAAGAGGCUGGUCUUUGGUCAGGCCUUGCGGAGCAUAGAGGUGCUGCUAUGGCUUUCAGUGGGGUCGGUGUGAGUGCUGGCGGCUGCGCAAAGGAAGCUCCCGAAAUUCUGGACAACGUGGGAGAUUGGCUCUGGGGCAUCUACCGCUUCGCAGACAGGAAUGAUUUCCGGAGGAACUUGAUUCUCAAUUUGGGACUUUUCACUGCAGGAGUUUGGCUGGCCAGGAAUUUGAGUGACAUUGACUUAAUGGCACCUCAGCCAGGGGUGUAGCCAGUUAGACACAUGGAACCUGAGAUGUACUUGAACCUCCAAACACAGCCUCCAAUCUGUGACCAUCACCAGACUUUCCCUGAUAGCAGCUGAAGUUUGAUUCACAUGGCUCCCUUCCCUUCCCUGCCUGCUUCCCUUCGCCGAGUCUACUCAGAAUUCAUUCUCUGGUCAGCAGUCAGGCUUCAGCUAAAGUGUUGUCCUCUGAGUUGUAAAGUUCUGUAUAUAAUUCCUAAGUUUUGGUAGAGAGUGAUCUUUGCUCUUUUCUUGAGGAAUAACCUGAUGGUAUUUUGACAAUGAUCUGAAAUAAAGACUGCACACAAAGACAAAAAAAAAAAA